CCGAUACAAGCUCCUUGGUACAACUUUUAUUGUGAAGGGCCGCAGCGGAAGCCCGGUUCCCCACACGUGCCCGGUUGCUGCUGGCGGUCGGCUCGGGGGGGAAGGGCCUGCGCUCGCUGGGUUUGAGAGCAGACAAACUUGCGUAGUCUUACCACGGUCCUAGCUGUCUGCCUGCCUCUCUCUAUGGACAACCGGAGGGGAAGAGAGGAAGCUGGGAUUGUUGUCGUCGGGACCGCAGCGCCUUUCCAGGGCCUAGCGAUGAUUUAGGGACGGAAAAAAGCGGUCUUGUGGGGGGCAGAAUUAAAAACACGGAGACGGACCCGACGACCGGAGCCCGGGAGGAGAGAGCAGCAGCAGCAGCAGCAGCCUCAGCCGUUGGAGAUGUGCGGUCGGGCCGAGAUUGCGGCGGUAGGUAUCCCUGUCUAGGCCUGGACUGAGCAGAUUGUUCUGAGAGGAAACGGACAACAAACAAGGGAAGUGAACAUGGCUGGGACCUCAGGCUUCUUUUCCAACGGACCCGUUCCGUGGAUGGACAACGACACGGAGAUGAACAACCUGUACCGAGACCUGGAGCUGGGCACAGUACUGACACUGUUUUAUUCUAAGAAGUCCCAGCGGCCGGAGAGACGGACAUUUCAAGUCAAGCUGGAGACCAGGACUAUUAUCUGGACCCGGGGAACGGAUAAAAUAGAGGGAGAGAUUGAUAUCCGAGAGAUUAAGGAGAUCCGUCCUGGACAGAAGUCCCGGGACUUUGAGCGCUAUGUGGAGGACUCGGCUGCGCGGCUGGACCAGGCUCACUGCUUCGUCAUCCUGUAUGGCACCGAGUUUCGCCUUAAGUCACUCAGUCUGGCAGCAACGUCGGAUGAGGAGAUGACCAUGUGGGUGAAGGGGUUAAACUGGCUUGUGGCCGACACACUGAAGUCUCCAACACCACUCCAAAUAGAGAGAUGGUUACGUAAGCAGUUCUACGCCGUUGAUCGUAACAGAGAAGACAGGAUAUCCUGUAAGGAUCUGAAGAGCAUGCUGAGCCAGGUCAACUACAGGGUGCCCAACAUGAGGUUCCUCCGAGAGAAGCUUCCGGACUCAGAGAUGAGGAACGGAGACGUGUCCUUCAGCCAGUUCGCCCAGCUCUAUCGCAGCCUCAUGUUCGACGCUCAGAAAAACAUGGAGAUCCCAUUUCUACAGAGGUUCAUCGACAGACCAGAACAGAGGAUCUCCCUCGACGACUUCAAGAGCUUCCUCCUGGAGUCUCAGAAGGAAAUGUGGGCCACAGACAGCAGCAAGGUUCAGGAGUUUAUGUUUGCCUACCUGAAAGACCCCCUGAGAGAAGUGGAGCAGCCGUAUUUCCACCAAGACGAGCUCCUGACAUACCUGUUCUCUAAAGAGAACACUGUCUGGGAUUCCUCCCUGGACCAGGUGUGUCCUGACAACAUGAACAACCCCCUGUCCCACUACUGGAUCUCCUCUUCGCACAACACCUACCUGACGGGAGACCAGUUUUCCAGUGAGUCGUCUCUGGAGGCGUACGCUCGCUGUCUGAGGAUGGGCUGCCGCUGUAUUGAAUUGGACUGCUGGGAUGGUCCAGACGGAAUGCCAGUCAUCUACCAUGGACACACCCUCACCACAAAAAUCAAGUUUUGUGAUGUUUUGACCACCAUCAAAGAACAUGCCUUCGUCACGUCUGACUAUCCCAUCAUCCUCUCCAUUGAGGACCACUGCAGUAUUGUGCAGCAGAGGAAUAUGGCUACUCACUUCAAGAAGGUGUUCGGAGACAUGUUGCUGACCAAGGCGGUGGACAUCGCAGCUGAUGGCCUGCCCUCGCCCAACCAGCUCAAGAGGAAGAUCCUUAUCAAGCAUAAGAAGCUUGCAGAGGGCAGUGCCUAUGAGGAAGUGUCCACCUCCACUCCCUACUCAGAGAACGAUAUCAGCAACUCCAUCAAAAAUGGCAUCCUGUACCUGGAAGACCCCAUUAACCAUGAGUGGUACCCUCAUUUCUUUGUCCUGACCAGCACUAAAAUCUACUACUCAGAGGAGACCUCCAGUAACCAGGGCAAUGAUGAUGAGGAGGAGCACAGAGAGGUGUCCAAUGGUAUGGACCAGCACGUGACAGAGAAAUGGUUCCACGGGAAGCUGGGCGCAGGGCGGGACGGGCGGCAGAUAGCCGAGCGGUUACUGUCCGAGUACUGCCUGGAGACCGGCGCUCCUGAUGGGUCCUUCCUGGUCCGAGAGAGCGAGACAUUUGUGGGAGACUACACACUGUCUUUCUGGCGUUCAGGGCGGGUGCAGCACUGUCGUAUUCACUCUCGUCAGGAGGCAGGCAGCCCCAAGUUCUACCUGACGGACAACCUGGUGUUCGACACGCUCUUUGCUCUCAUCAACCACUACCAGCAGGUGGCGCUGCGAUGCAACGAGUUUGAGAUGAAGCUGACUGAGCCGGUGCCUCAGACCAACGCUCACGAGAGCAAAGAGUGGUACCACGCCAACCUCUCCAGGAGCCAUGCUGAGAACAUGCUGAUGAGAGUUCCUCGCGACGGGGCUUUUCUUGUGAGGAAGAGAGCGGAACCCAAUUCAUUUGCCAUUUCCUUCAGGGCGGAGGGAAAGAUAAAGCACUGCCGUGUGCAGCAGGAGGGUCAGACUGUGGUGCUGGGCACCUCAGAGUUUGACAGCCUGGUAGAUCUCAUCAGCUACUAUGAGAAGCACCCUCUGUACCGCAAAAUGAAACUGCGCUAUCCCAUCAAUGAGGACACACUGGAGAAGAUAGGCACUGCUGAGCCAGACUACGGGUCUCUGUACGAGGGCAGGAAUCCUGGUUUUUACGUGGAGGCCAACCAGAUGCCAACAUUUAAGUGCACGGUGAGAGCCAUGUACGAGUAUAAAGCCCAGAGGGACGACGAGCUCUCCUUCACUAAGAACGCAAUUAUCUCUAAUGUGGACAAACAGGAAGGAGGAUGGUGGAAGGGUGACUGUGGAGGGAAAAAGCAGCAGUGGUUUCCCGCAAACUACGUGGAGGAGAUCAGUCCAUCGGCGGCGGAGCCCGACAGAACUGAGAUGACAGAAAACAGCCCUCUGGGAGAUCUGCUGAGAGGAAGCGUGGACGUGUCUUCCUGUCAGAUUGUUCAGCGUCCUGAAGGGAAGGGCAGUCGGCCCCACGUCUUCUCCCUGGUGCCGAAUGCCUCCAUGCGGGCGGGCCCAGUGCUGGAUGUCGCUGCCAACAGCCAAGAAGAACUCAAGGAAUGGAUGUUUAAAAUCCGUGAGGUCACCAUGACCUCAGAGGCCAAGCUGGAGGAGGGGAAGAUGAUGGAGAGGAGGAAGAAGAUUGCACUGGAAUUGUCCGACCUGGUCAUCUACUGUAGGCCUGUGCCGUUUGAUGAGGACAAGAUUGGCACAGAGCGGGCCUGUUUCAGGGACAUGUCAUCCUUCCCUGAGACCAAGGCGGAGAAGUACGUCAACAAGAUCAAGGGGAAGAAGUUCCUGCAGUACAAUCGACUGCAGCUGUCCAGGAUCUACCCCAGAGGCCAGAGACUAGACUCCUCCAACUACGACCCCCUGCCCAUGUGGCUCUGCGGGUCCCAGCUGGUAGCGCUCAACUUCCAGACAGCAGACAAGCCCAUGCAGAUGAACCAGGCUCUGUUCAUGCUGAACGGACGGAGCGGCUACGUCCUUCAGCCACCCAUCAUGAGGGACGACACCUUUGAUCCCUUCGACAGACACACGCUGCGAGGCCUCGAACAAGUCACUCUAGUGAUAGAGGUUUUGGGCGCCCGGCACCUACCCAAGCACGGCCGUGGUAUCGUGUGCCCUCUGAUCGAGAUCGAGGUGUGCGGGGCGGAAUAUGACAGCGCGAAACAGAAGACUGAUUCAGAAGCUGAUAACGGCCUGAACCCCACGUGGCCCCGAAAGCCGUUCCAGUUCACAGUGGGCAACUCUGCCUUUGCCUUUCUGCGCUUCGUGGUUUACGAGAUCGACAUGUUCAAUGACCAAAACUUCCUGGCUCAGGCCACGUUCCCUAUUCACAGCCUCAAGACAGGUUACCGGUCAGUACCCCUAAAGAACAGCUACAAUGAGGAUCUGGAGCUGGCUUCUCUCUUAGUCCACAUGGACAUCGUCAGAGGCAGGGAUGAGAACGGAGAGGUUCUGAGCCCGUUCCUCGCCGUCGGAGCCUCGCCACUGUUGGCGUCUGCCACAGCAGGGCGUGAACGUCUGGGGGAACUGAGCUCUGUGUCUUCGACUUCCUCCAACAUGUCUCCUCUGCCCCAGUCGCCGGCCCAGGCCAUGGCCUUCAGGGGGAGGGAGGGCUCCUUUGAGUCCCGCUAUCAGUCGCCUCUGGACGACCUCAGGGUGUCCCAGGAGGCACUGAUGGACCACAUGGACCCGGCAAACAGAAGGAUGCUGCGGAGGACCAACCGUGUUUAAGUCCAAGCCAAUCAGGACGCAUUUCUGUUGCAACCCACCCCCCCUUUCCCCUCCUCACCCAGUCGCCUCUCCCCGUACUGAUGAUGUCACUGACUGCUGUGAACACUGUUUCCAUGGAAACGCCCACCACCGCUUUGGCCUACAUUUCAGGCAGCUCUCCCUCCCUCCAUUCUCCAAACCGCCCGCCCUCCCUCUCCCUCCCCCCCUCUCUCUCUCCCCCCCGCCGCCGCCCAGCCUCCUCAACACUCGCCUGAAGAGACGGAGGGACUCUGACUUAAGAGGAGAGGUGGGAGGGGGGACAGCACUGAGAGGAAGCUGGCCGCUGCGGACAGGAAGAAGAAACAGACAUUUAUAGGAGAACAAACACAAGGCUGAAAAAGUACCAGCUCUGGACUGGCGGUGUGCGGGGCGGGUGGUCCUCUCCUGUAUCUUAGGUUAGUCUGGAGGCUCAGACGAGGGACAGAGAGAGUUAUAAAAAGGUAUCAGUUUGAAACUGUUUCCCAGUUAAGUUUCUUUGCUCUUCUCUAUUUGGCGAAUAUGAAUAUAUGUAUUUAUUCCUGCUGUGCUGUCGGCCAGAGAACAGCAGCAGCUGACCUGCUCUCAAAGAGCUCCUGUCUCCAUGUUUUUAAUUAUUAUAAUUAUUUAAACCUUUAAACAUUCAUAAUGUGACUUUUCUUUUUUUUUUUUUUUUUUAUGUAUAUGUGUAAAACACGAGGGCUCUCUACGGCUAUUUUUAAUGUCUCUCUCUUCUCUUGCUUUGUGGAGGAAAUUAUGUGUCUCCAGUCUAACUCACACCCUAAACAUAUAUAACAAUAUUUCUUUUUUUUUUUCCCGAAGGCGUUAGGAAGAAGUGUUGGAAGCAGUGAGAGAGCAGGCGGCAUCAUAUGUUAUGUCUGAAUUUGCUAUCACACACUCACAAGCUUUUUUUUUUUUUAAUGAUUAUUUUAACUCACAUUCCUAAAAACUGCACAUCAUUCCAUUUUCCUGCAUUGCAGGCACCUUUACAAGCCAGUCUGACACAUUGAAACUUCUGUCUCCCUCGACAGUCUUACUCCUCUGUAGGGGGUCUAACUCCACACUGUGUGAUUAAGCAGGACCGGGGAUACAUGUUGACUUGAAAUUGGUUGUAUUCUGAGCGUGAAUGAUAAUUGUGCUCACUGUUGUCGCUUUUUACUUGUAUCAUCUACAAACAUGUUUUUAACGUCACCACAGUAGUCAGUUGAGGGUUCAUUGGCCUGCACGAUACUGAUUACUCUGCCAUCGAUUUUAAAAGGCUUUUUUUUUCAUUUACAGGGAACAUUGUGAAUGUUUUAAAUGUGUCGAUGAACCAAACUGUAAUGGAAAUUAAGAUUGUAAUGCAGUUACAUGAUUGAAUUUGCAGCCUUGUGUUUCCAGUGGCACUUAGUAGAGCGCAUACCUCCGCCAAGGCCCAACAAUCCCCUUGAAUUCAAUAAAGCCUUAUCCAAUAUAAAAAAAAAAACAAACAUUUUCAGAUAUGCUUGAUCCGGAUUUUUAUUUGGAUCCACAACAAAUGGAUACAAACUGACCAGGAUUUUGUGCAAUCCUGCCAACAAACAAAAAUACACGGACAAAAAAAAAAACCUCCUUGGCGGAGGGGAUAAUGAAAUACUUUAGAUAUUUGGUCAUUUUUACCGACAUGCAAGGAUUUAAUACAAUUUAUGUCCCCUUUAUUCAGUGUUUAUAAUCAGUUUAGCAUAACGACUCAAAUAACAACUCUGUCUGCAGUAAAUUUUUAAAAAACCCACAGUUUUAUUUCAGUCUUAGUUAGAAGUGUGUUUUAGUUCCAACAGAUAUGUCUCAAGCAGGUUUUCAGUCCUUGGCAAAGCUUUUUUUUUUUGCCCACAUUUGUACAACAGGAGUUCCCCGUGUUUGAAAAGAAAUCCUGUAUUGUUGACUAAGUGAGAACGUGAGUGUCUGUUGCCAGUGUAAAGAAAACCUCCGCGUUCUCUCUCUGUUGGUACUUUUACCUGCAUCACAAAGACACGAGGGAGCGUUAGUGUUCGUGUUCUGGGGAGUUUUGUCACAGUCGCCGCUUCACAGAAAGCCAGUGAGGAAUUUACGUUACAGUGCCAUGAUAUUCAGUUCACUGCCCAUGAAUUUAUCUGACAAAUCUGACAGAGUGAAUGUCAAACACUGCACGCCACGAUUCAUCAUUCCCAACUUUUAGGCUCUCAUUCUGGCCUCUGCUCAUAAAUGUUCGUCUAACAUGGUAAUUAAGAGUUCUUGAGGUCAGCGUUGAUGCUCAUACGUGUGUGCAGAGUUCCCAUUUCCUGCAUUUGUGGUGUGAGAGCAUGUUUGGGAGGAGCAGGUUCAGUUGUAGCUGUGUUCCUGUAGAUAAUGGACAACAAAGGUGCCUGUGGGGUGGGGUGGGGGGGUGUAAUAGAGGUCUGUGGCCUGGGCCUUCAGUGAGUCCAGACGGAGUUCGUAUAUAACCGAUGGUGUUAUCUUUCCAGGUCUGUAUCAGAAACAGUGUUUCCUCCGCUCGUAUAUGACGACUAUAUGAUGUAAACUCAGUAUUCUCGCUCAGUGCUCGACCACUGAGACACACUUAAAGCCAUAUGGUAUGAUUUAAGUUGAGGUAAAAGCAGGGACGGGAGUGAAUUCUUGAGGUCUCGACUAAAACUUGUGUUAUACUAUACCCAUACUAAUCCCAAAGCUCCCCCCACGUUACCGUUUUCGUUUUUUGUUUUUUCUCCUCAGACGAAUGGUCUUUGUGGAGAGCUCUCCCUCUAAUGCUGCAUUGCUCUCAUUGCUCGCCUGUCUGCUAAUGUCUAUAUGUGCCUCCGUCUGUAUACACAUCACAUUAAAGCCACAUCAUUCAGCUCCCCUGCCGGGCUUAAAGCACCUGCACAGCCGCGCUACACCCACACAGGCGGCGUCACUUACUUUGACUGAUGGGACCUCCUCUCAGCACUGUGUGAGCAUGUGUAAGACCGCGUUCGACCGACGCGUCCUUGACUUGACUGUUCAGUUUGUCGCACCUUUUUUAUGGCCGAACAAGCCUGUAAAGAGGGUCUAAUCAAGCAGAUUAACUCAGAGCAUCUACGUGGGUGUGCAGGGCCUUUAAGUGUCAUUUGUCUUUUUUUUUUUUCCUCCAAUCUUGUCUGUUUUAUCACCGACUGUCUCAUUUACAAACGCCUUUCUGUAACGUGCCUAAACUAUGGAGAGGAAAAGUAUUCAUUUUAAUUUUGCCUUUCAUAUGAAACAUAUUCAAGCCUGAAAAGUAAAUAAAAUACUUACUACUUUA